GAAAAAAAUGAAGACGUGGUGUCUAUCGUAAAGGAGGUGGGAAAAGUGUUGGACUUCAAUAUAUCCAAUACAAUGAUUGAUGCCUGUCAUCGUCUGGGAAAAAGAUCCGAGCCCAACAGUCCUCCGCCUGGAAUAGUGCUGAAGUUUAUAAGCCGACUAGAUAAAGAAGAGCUGCUAAGAAAAAGACGUGUCAAAAGUAAGUUCUCGACGCGGCACAUGAACCUGGAAAUGGACAAGCCGGUCUAUAUCAACGAAUCCCUGACACCGAUGAAGAGGAAGCUCAUGGCAGAGGCACGGAAGUUUAAGCGUGAGAACAAUUAUCAGUUCGUUUGGGUGCGGGAUGGAAGGAUCUUUUUACGAAAAGAGGAGGCUUCUAAAGUUAUUCAUGUAACUUGCCAGGCUGACCUGCCAAAGCGCUCGGUAACAAUCGAUGUCACAACAAUACACGCUGGUAUCACAGACCACUCUCUGGUAUGCAUUGCUCUUGGUGGGGUGGCGGAGGGGGAGACCCGGCCCCCUCCUCCGCCCAACAGGGACGGCCAGCGUAUCAAUUAUGUGAAGCUAAAGCAGCUGUUAGACGCUGAGGAUUGGUCUUGUGUUUACAAUAAACUUGAUCCCGUCGUCAGCUUUUGA